GGCGGGCCGGGCCGGCCGACUGCGGUCUGUUGGGCAGGCGGGGAGGGGGCGCUUUUCUGCCGCGGCCAUCGACCCCUGGGCAAAACAGGGCGCUGCGAGUCCCGCCGGCCUUGCCCCUGCUGCCCCGCGCAGGCUCCCCAGGGGGCGAGCGGGGGCGAGGAAAGCCUUCUCCUUGGCAUAAAGAUGGCUUUGCCCCGGUGGAGGGUUCCGCCUGCAGCGCUCUUAUUUCUCCUGCUGCAUCUGUGGAUUCCAGGCCCGGGGAUUUCCCAGAAAGAGCCCUGUCAGACUUGCCGGGAUCUUACCAGCAACUUCAACAAGGGUCUGGAGCGGACACAGCGAGAGAACUUCGGGGGCGGGAACACAGCCUGGGAAGAAGAGAAGCUUGCAAAAUAUGCAAACAGCGAGACCCGCCUGCUGGAGGUGCUGGAGGGUGCGUGCACCGCAUCGGACUUUGCCUGUCACCAGCUGCUGGAGAAGAGCGAGGAGCAUAUCGAGCACUGGUGGUUCCAUGAGCAGCAGAAGCAUCCUGACUUUUUCCAAUGGCUCUGCAUGGACACAAUGAAAGUCUGCUGUUCCCCUGGCACCUAUGGGCCUGAUUGCCACCCCUGCCCCGGGGGUACCCAGAAGCCCUGCAGUGGGUACGGGCAGUGUGACGGUGAUGGCACACGCGGGGGCACUGGCCUGUGCAUGUGCCAGACGGGCUACGGGGGCCCCUUCUGUUCUGAGUGUGGAGAUGGCUACUAUGAAGCAGCUCGCAACGACAGCCACCUGGUAUGUGCGGAGUGCUACCGGGCCUGUGGACGCUGCUCCGGCCCCGAAGACUCAAGUUGUCUCCGCUGUAAGAGGGGUUGGAUGUUGCACGAUCGCAGGUGCAUUGACAUAGAUGAAUGUGGCACGGACAUGGCACACUACUGUGCCAAGGCAUGCAUCGGUUGCAUGGGUGCUGGGCCUUCCCGCUGCAAGAAGUGCAACAAGGGCUAUCGGCGUGAUGGAGUCAAGUGCCUAGAUGUGGACGAGUGUGCUGGCGAAACCGAGGAACCCGUCUGCACUGGUGCCAACGAGGUCUGUGAGAACAUAGAGGGCAGCUACCGGUGUGUUUGCGCAGAGGGACAUGUGCGCAAAGAGGGACUCUGUGUGGAGGACAAGCCCCCAGAUGCUCCUGAGAAGGGCUUCUUUGACGACAUCACAGACGACGAGGUGGUCGUGCUGCAGCAGAUGUUCUUUGGCGCCAUCAUCUGUGCCCUUGCCACGCUAGCGGCCAAAGGAGACAUGGUCUUUACUGCCAUCUUUAUUGGCGCCGUGGCUGCCAUGGCCGGCUACUGGCUGUCGGAGCGGAGCGAUCGUGUGCUCGAUGGCUUCAUCAAAGGCAGAUAGUGUGUUGCAAACAAAAUGAACGUUCCUCUUCUUUUGCUUCCUUCCUCAGAGAGCCAGGUGGUGGGCAGGAACUCUGGACCUGCCUGUACCCCGGCAGAUCCAGAAGAAAGAGAUGGAAAGGCCCAUCUUGUAUCCCAAUCUGGGCAGAGGGGAAGCCACAGGCCUGCAUGGUGUGCGAAGGCAGGAAUGGCCUCCCAGUUGUACAUGAAGAGAGGAGAAUUCCUGACAGGAAUUAGCAUGGAAUGAGCAUCCCCUAAAGCUGCGUGAGGCCUUACCCAGGUCUCUGUUAGUGGGCCACGAGAAUGCUCUCUUUGAUUGCCCCGUCUUUGUAUGAGAGGGAUGAUCACAAACGCGUUCCUACCCAUGAGCUUUGAAUCUUCACAUGUUGGUCAACUACUGUUGGCUGAGGGUGGAUCGCUUCGAAAGAAAACUUGAGCUGGGUGGGCUUGGAAUUGCUCCCUGCUGGCUCUUUGAGGGGCUGUCCCUUGGGCUCAGAGCCGAUCUACGCAUCUUGUGGAACGAGGUGGUCAGUGGCAGUGGGGAAAUUUUAGAUCGUACUACUCAAAGCUGCCAGUGGGGGUGUUGUAUUUUUGAAUUAUCUCCCCCUUCUUAAAACAUGGUGAACUAGCAGGAAGUGCUACAUACAGUGAAGGUUUUUUAAGGCAGGGGAACAUUCAGAAAUAGAUACACCCCCCUCUCUGGUCUGACUGGGAACUGCCUCCUCUGCCUACUGCCUUGCUGUGUAGAACAGCUCUGAAUCGGCCACUGGUGGCGUGUGGGAUAGAGGAAGCCUUGCGGGCAUGCAUGACCAUCCCUCGCCCCUUUGCAUCCGUCCGCUCACGGCACUGUUUGUCCAUCCAUAUCUCAGGAAAAUUAAAGGUAUCUGUACACAAA